AUCGGGGGUUCACACGCAACACAACCGAAUGGGCAGAAACUGUAAAUAAAGGAAGUCUGCUUGCGGACUGAACAAAAUGAAUGUGUAAUGUAAACUUUUCUAAUAUAUGAAGCAACUAUCAGGAGAAUAUUUAAUUGUUCUUGUGUUGUUCACCAUGAAAGUUAAUUUCAAAUUUUAGAGCCAAGUGUAAAUGAGCAGAACUACCAAGAUGAGUGACACAAACUCGCUUCGUACAACGGCGCCGACCGGUGAAGUUCACCACACCAACAUUCUAUCACAAGACAUCGGUAACUUGUUCUCCAAUGAGGAUUACAGCGAUAUUUCUCUUGUCGUCGAACAGAGAAUUUUUCCAGCACACAGAGUCAUCCUUGCAGCCAGAUGUGAAUAUUUCAGAGCUCUGCUGUACGGUGGCAUGAGAGAGUCUGACCCUGAAGUGGCAGACAUAGAGCUUAAGGCUACAUCAUCCCAGGCCUUCGAGGCCCUAUUGAAGUACAUCUACACAGGCAAAAUGAGCCUGAUGGAACUUAAAGAAGAUGCUCUGUUGGAUAUCUUAGGCCUAGCUCAUCGCUAUGGCUUCCGUGAGUUGGAGGACUCCAUCUCUGACUACCUCCACGCUAUUCUCAGCAUCCACAACGUCUGUCUUAUCUACAAUGUAGCCACGUUGUACCAGCUCUGCGCAUUAAAGGAAACAGCAUGUACAUUUAUGGAUAGAAACGCAAGUGAAGUCAUGACCAGCGAGACGUUCCUAAGUUUAUCAAAGGAAGCGCUAAAAGAUGUAAUAUCACGCGAUUCAUUUUAUGCACGGGAGAUCGAAAUUUUCAAAGCCGUGAUGGAAUGGAAGAAGGCCAACACGGACGUAGACGAUAAGGACGUGCUUGGGGCUAUACGCUUGCCGCUGAUGGACAUGUCCGAUUUGCUGAAUGUUGUACGACCAACCGGAAUCUUAAGUGCGGACGCAAUUCUGGACGCAAUCAAAGUUAAAGAGGAGUGUAGCACAAUGACGUUAAAUCAUCGUGGCUCAUUGGUUCCAGAACAAAACAUCGCCAAUGCUAAAUAUGAUGCUGAGGUGAUAAAAGGUGAGAUGAAAGCCCACCUGCUGGAUGGAGACCAUACAAAUUAUGACCUAGAUAGGGGGUUCACUAGACAUCCUAUUGAUGAUGCUAAGGAUGUUGAGAAAGAUGGAAUUAUCAUCAAGCUAGGGAAGCCAUCGCUUAUCAACACCAUUAAGAUGCUACUGUGGGACCGAGAUAUGAGGUCAUAUUCAUACUACAUUGAAGUGUCUAUGGACCAGAAAGACUGGGUUCAAGUCAUCGACCAUUCACAGCAUCUGUGUCGCUCUUGGCAAACAUUACACUUCAAAUCUCGUGUCUGCAAGAUGCUACUUUGGGACUGUGAUGAUCGUACAUACAGUUACCACAUAGAGGUUUCAACAGACAACCAAACAUGGGUACGGGUAGCCGACAAAACCAAAGAGAACUGCAGGUCUUGGCAGACCCUGAAUUUUCCUCAGAAAGCCGUGGCAUUCAUCAAGAUUGUUGGAACUCGGAACACCGCCAAUGAAGUAUUUCAUUGCGUCCAUUUUGAGUGUCCGGCGCAGAAAGAAGAAAUACAGAGUGACGGAGACAGCACUUCGUCGGGAAAGCUUUCUCCGACAGCGGUAGGAGCAGUAGGUGGCGCAUUUUAACAUCAAAAUCGGAGCAAUACACCGAUGUUAUUGUUACACCAUGUGGAACACCACAGUUAUUUUGAGUGUAUUGUCAUGAGAGGUUAUUUAUAAUUUGAAUUAACUUAUUGUUGGUAGGUUUUGUAUCUUAAUCAGAAGUAUUACUGGAUGAAAAUAAUAUUGUUUAUAAAUACAGUAAUACAGUGAUCUUCUAAAUAAGACUGAAAAUGUUAGUACUUUUAAAGACUAGUAUUAGACUAGUGCUCUUCUUCAGGUCAAAGUGAGAACAAUUGUGUGCUCAAAAUUUAGAGUCAUACCAAAUACACCUAGACCUUAAAGUACUACAAUUUUCAAUGUUUUAUUUACUUUAUUAUAAUCAGAAUAUCACAUCUCAUCUAUUUAUAUUCUAUUAAACUGUAUGUGUUUGCCCAUUAUGAUGUAUUUGUAUAAGCAACAUAUAAUAUUUUAAACUUCCUGUACCAACUCAGCAUUUUAUUUAUUGUAUAAAUUUAGUAGCUUCCAGUUUGAAGUUUCUCAUCCUAUCACUGUACCAUUAUGUCGGGAUAUUUGUAUUUAAGUAGAAGGCCAAGACUUCAAUGAAUCCCCACCUUUAGACAAGACUUUUUUUACACAUUGUUUAUCGAACCCACCACCUGCCAAUAAUGGUGAUUUCAAAUAAAAAUUCAAUUUUAUGCUUGGCCAAUUAGUACACCUGCUGCCAUGAAAAAAUGGAAAUUGCAGGGGAAAAAAAAAAAUAAAAGCUUUUCUUUAUAUUUAUGAUGACUGCUGCUGCCUUUAAAUCUCCAAAAAUAAGAUGUAUAUUUCUUCCUAAUUAUAUAAAUUUAAAGCAUGUAGCCAUUCCAUUACUACACUGUUUACAUCACCCAAUACAAUUUUAUUUUUGUUUUCUCCUCUGUCUGGAUGUUUUUGACAAAGCUAUUUCGCUAAAUGAAAUACCAAAAUUUUUGUUCGACGAUCUUUAAAAGAAAAGUUCGCGAAACAAGGUAUAAAAAAAGUAUUUCCUUAGCAAUGGAUGUAUGCUGCUGUAUUUUUAUUUGAAUGAAUCUCCCUCCAAGUUUAAGCAACUAUCCUAUCCUUUCUUUUGUCCUUGGUUUUCUGUUUGGUUUUUUUUUUCAGAUUUUAUGUAAAGUUUUAUAUGAGUUACUUGAAAAAAAAAAAGUUAAUAAUUUGGCAUCGUUGAAUUUUUUAAUCUGAAACCUGUUGAAAUUUGUUUCCGUUGUGCUAGUUUUAUCCAAUCAAAAAGUUUUGUUAUGCCUCAAGUAAUGACAUCAUCAUCUUCAUGUGACUUUCACUUUUUGAUCACAUGACCAUUAUAACAAUUUAUUGAAAGAUGUCCCUAGAGAUUUAAAAUUCAUGAAGAUUUUUGCAGAGCCUGACAUUUGUCAUGUCUAGGGAAGGGGCAGUUGUAAAAUUACCAAUUACUGAGUCCCCAAAAAGGUAUUGUGGUUACUGUAGAGAGAGAGACAAGGAAUCACAUUUUACAUUUGGACAAAACUUGUAGUUUGCCAAUUUUCCUAAAUAUAAUUAUUUUUUCCCUCUCCAGCCAUAGAAUUGUUACCCCUUCACCAUUUUCCUCCUUCUCCCUAGCUAAUAGAACCUAUCAUCAAUGCAAUAUGUGAUGCAUGAUAUCAAGAUGAUGUCUUUGAAUUAUUGGUUAGAAGCUAGAUUUGAUGGUUUUCAAUUUGGUCAUAGGUUAAUUGUUGAGUGAUUGAUCAAAGUGUUACAAAGUGCUUGUAUAUCGUGAAUUGCAAUGUAAAAACUGCUAAUUCUUUUAUUGUAUCUUAAAAUGUCUUACCAAUGCUCACUUUUUCUAUCGUAUUUCUGAAAUUUUCAGAAAAUAUUGGCACUUGGGAAUUACAUUUCUCCUCUUGAAAUGAUGUUGAUACUUAAUGGGGGCUUAAUUUGGGUUUAGCUCGGAUCAAGUUUAACCCAAUUGUGUUGAAUAUAUUGGCUUAUUACAUUGCAAAUACCCCAUCCCUGUAAAGCUUUAAAAGCUCAUAUUAUUAAUGUAUAUUUUUUUAUACUUAAUGGUUUUUUUUUUAUAUUAUAUUUUUGUUGAUUGAAAUAUUUGAUCUAUGUAAUGUUUUAAAGCUGAAAUUUUUAGGAUUAAAUUGUUUGUUUUAUCCUAUUGUGACCAAACUCCCUAUUCAUUCAUAUUGCAUAUGAUAAAAAAAAAUGUACUUUAGAAUAAAUGGAUUUGUAAUAUAAUUAGAAUAGCAAAUUAUUGUGAUAGGCUGUAGAUUUUGCCGCAUGAACCUUGGCAUACACACUCAGAUUUUUGGUUUGCUAGAAUUGGAUUGGAUUUCUUCCAUGUGAAAUACACCAAACGAUACCCCCACUAGAGUACAGAAACAUUUUCCAGUGGUGGUGGAUUGGACCGUAUAAAUUAAGGAGACCAUCGAUUGUUUUGUUCUCAGAUAGUCUACUGCACAAAGUUCUGUCGAGAUCAUCACAUUUUCUUUUGACAAAAAUCUGUUAUAUAGAUAUAUAUGAUCAUGAUGUGCCCAUAUAUGGUCAUUAUGUGCCUAUGUAUGGUCAUGAUGUGAUGACAUCAUGACCAUUUUUAGCCAUAUCACCUGUUUUUGUUAAAUAAAAUUUGAUAGUCUGGUCAGGCCUUUAGCUAUCAUGCCCAUGGACCAUUUUGCACACUGGACCAACAGCUUAAACUUUAUAUCCAAAAGAUGGUAAGCUAUUGAAAUAUCAAUUUCAACGUGUUAAUAUAAAAGUUAAUAAAAAAAACCCACAGAAAUCUGAUGGUGUAGGCUCAGGUUAAGUCAUAUGCAUUCUCGUAUCCGAUAUUCGUGAUGAUAUAUAGAUUAUUCGACCUUAAGCAUUUUUGCUCUAGCUGUGUCAGCUCAUGGUUGUUGCCUUGUGAGUGUACGUGUGUGAACCAAAGCUUAUUAUGUAAAUUUAGUGAUUAUAGUUAUAUCUAUGGUGCAAUUAAAUUGUCAUUGUUAAACUCUGCCCACACUAUCAAAUUUUGUUUGACAAAAAACUGUUGUAUGGCCAUAUAUAGUCAUGAUGUGCCUAUAUAUGGUAAUGAUAUGAUGUCAUCAUUACCAUAUUUAGGCAUGUAACAUGUUUUUGUCAAAUAAAAUUUGACAGUCUAGCCAAAGCAUUAUUUUCUUAUAUCAGUAAGUAAGGCUUUCUUUUAUCUUCCAUUUAUCCAAUUUUUUCUUUUUUUAAACCACUAUGCUAGAACAGGUUGAAUGUGUUUAUUAUAUUUUAUUCUGUUUUACAUUUCCAAGUAAUGGUUAUUUGCAAAUUUAAUUUUUAAAUUUUAAUCAGCCAAUCAGAUUUCAUCUAUUGCAGUGAUUUGUUGUAUAUUAUUUCCUCGAAUAAAAUUUACAUUCCCUUUGAAUUGCUGCUUGUAAGUUAUACUGCUUUACACAUUUCACAUUCUUAAUUAUGUUUAAUGUUUUGAUGAAUUUAUUGCACAUUUGUAAUAGUUUUUAUUGAUUUAUAUAAAAAACAAUAUUUAGGAAUAUUAUAUAACUGUCUGUGCUGAGGUAAAAUAAUUGAAAAAUAUAUUUAAAUAUUUUAAUUGCUUGAUUUAUAAGUAUUAUUACAUUUCAGUUGAAUGGGAAAAUAUUAAUAGAUGCAUUAAUACAGUGCACCCUCCAAAUCGAGUCCUCUCUCAUUUCGAGACCAUCUAAUUCGAGACCACUUUUUCAAAGAUCAAAAUGACAAUUAUCAAUCGUUUAACACAAAGCCAACCCUCUAAUUGGAGACCGAGCCGCUAGAACAUCCAAAACUUUUAGGUCCCAAAGUGGUCUGGAAUUUGAGGAUGAACUUUGAUACAGUUCAUGUGGUCUAUGCAGAAGAACACAUGAACUGUAUUUUGUGCGUCUUACCAGAAAUAUUGGACAGUUCGCGAGUGUCAAUCAAAUAACUGACCAAUCAGAACAUUGGCCAGGAAUGCGUGCGUAUCACAAAACGUGCCACAAACGCUCGUGUUUGUCUAUGCUUUUACCCUGUCAUUUUGUGGGACCUUAACAAUAUCCAAGGGGCGAGGCUUAUCGGAAAGGUCCAUUGUUUACAUAUUUUACAAAGAAUUUUAAAGUAAAAUUACUGAGAGGCUGAAUUCAUUUUAUGGAAUAUUAAUAUAUGAUAUAUCAUACUAUAGGCCUACAACCAUUAUUUGAAAAGACUCUAUGGAAUGUGAUGUUUGUAAAAUUAUACAGAAUGUAGAAUAUCAAAAAAAAAUUUGUUUAAUUGAAAAAAUAAUAAUAAAUUAUGAAAAAUUUGUGAAACUAUGAUGAUGAAUAAUUAAGUUUAAUUUACUAACGUUUUUGUAUUUUAAUUUUCUAUUGUUACUUUAUGAUCAUCAGGAAUGUUUUAUUAACUGUUAAUGUUGAAUUAAUUAAUUUGAAUUGUUCUUAUGAUUGGUAUAUACUUAUAGUAUGCGAUUUUAGUGAACAAUAACAAGUUUUCGGUAUAAGAAAA